CUUAAGAUGGCGGCUGCGGCGGGUUUGGAGUUUCAGCGCGCCCAAUCUUUGCUAAGCACUGAUCGCGAGGCCUCAAUCGGCAUUUUGCACUCCAUAGUGAAACGUGAUGUUCAAGAGAAUGAUGAAGAAGCAGUCCAAGUCAAAGAACAGAGCAUUCUGGAACUUGGGAGUCUUUUGGCCAAGACAGGACAGGCAGAAGAGCUUGGAGGACUUCUGAAGUAUGUUCGUCCUUUCUUGAACUCCAUUAGCAAGGCAAAGGCAGCCCGUCUGGUUCGGUCCCUGCUAGACCUAUUCCUAGACAUGGAAGCUGCAACAGGACAAGAGGUUGAACUUUGUCUUGAAUGCAUUGAAUGGGCCAAAUUGGAAAAGAGGACGUUCCUACGCCAAGCUCUGGAGGUACGU